AUGGCUAGUGAGAACACCAGCGACGCUACUGCCACAGGCGCUGCUGCUCCCCAGGCCCUGCCCGAUCGCACCCAAACCCCCGCCGAUAACCAAGGCGAGUCGAAGAAUGCCGCAAAGAAAGCCGCAAAGCUCGCAAAAUUGGCUGCUGACAAGGCCGAGAAGAAGGCUGGUAACAAGGCUGGCAAUAAAAGUGCUGGAAAGCAAGAGCCUAAGCCCAAGGCCCCUAAGAAGAAGGUCGACGGCGCCGCUUUGAUUGGUAUUGACGUCGCGAAGGAAGAGGAUUUCCCUACCUGGUAUCAGCAGGUUCUCACCAAGGGUGACAUGUUGGACUACUAUGAUGUGUCUGGUUGCUUUAUCUUGAAGCCCGCCUCGUACUUCAUCUGGGAGGAGAUCCAGGACUAUUUCAACAAGCGCAUUAAGGGUAUGGGUGUGAAGAACUGCUCUUUCCCCAUGUUCGUCUCAGAGGAUGUUCUGAAGCGCGAGAAGGACCAUAUUGAGGGCUUCGCCGCCGAGGUCGCCUGGGUGACUCAUGCCGGUAACACCCCUCUUGAGAAGAAGAUUGCCAUCCGUCCCACCUCGGAGACUGUUAUGUACCCAUACUACGCCAAAUGGAUCCGCAGCCACCGUGAUCUGCCUCUGCGCCUGAACCAGUGGAACUCCGUAGUGCGAUGGGAGUUCAAAAACCCCCAGCCCUUCUUGCGAACCCGUGAAUUCUUGUGGCAGGAGGGUCACACUGCUCACCUGACCGAGGAUGCUGCCCGCCAGGAGGUUCUCAAGAUUCUUGACUGGUACUCCGAUAUCUACUCGGAACUGCUUGCUAUCCCCGUCAUCAAGGGCCAAAAGACCGAGAAGGAGAAGUUCGCCGGUGGUCUUUACACCACAACCGUCGAAGGCUACAUCCCCGCUACUGGUCGUGGUAUCCAGGGUGCUACAUCUCACGGACUGGGCCAGAACUUCAGUAAGAUGUUCAAUAUCACAGUCGAAGACCCAUCCGCUAAGCCCGAUGAGAAGAAGCCCCCUCUCUUUGUCUGGCAGAACUCAUGGGGUCUGUCGACCCGUGUCCUGGGUGUUAUGGUCAUGACUCACAGUGAUAACCGAGGUCUGGUUAUCGUCGUUCCCGUCGGUAUUACUGCCAAGACCACCGAAGAGGAGCGGACGAAGCUUGACGCCGAGGUGGAUGACAUCGUUGCCGUUCUUGCCGCUGCUGGUAUCCGUGCCGAUAGCGAUAAGCGCAGCUACUCCCCUGGCUGGAAGUUCAACCAGUGGGAGCUGCGUGGUGUGCCCCUGCGUCUCGAGUUCGGCCCUGGCGAGUCGGCUGGCCAAUUCGUCACUGCUGCCCGCCGUGAUAUGGGCAAGGAGGGCAAAGCCUCUAUUCCCAUUGCUGAGCUUGCUACUGGCGUCCCUGCUCUUCUGGAAACCAUCCAGAAGGAUCUCUACGACCGUGCUAAUGCUACGUUCACCGCUCACCGCAAGUUGAUCACUAACUGGGACGAUUUCGUUCCGGCUCUUAACGCCAAGAACAUCUGUGUCAUUCCUUCCUGCUUGACCGAAGAGUGUGAGGACCAGAUCAAGGAUAUGAGUGCCCGCAAGGCUGAGGAGGAGUCUGGAGAGGCUCAGGAUGCCAAGGCCCCCAGCAUGGGAGCCAAGUCUCUUUGCAUUCCCUUCGAGCAGCCUGCUGGCAUCGAACCCGGUGUCACCAAGUGCACCAACCCCAAGUGUGACCGUUUCGCCGAGAAGUGGUGCAUGUUUGGCCGCUCUUACUAA